ACGUCCAGUGGUCGAUUUGCGCUGAAGUCUUCGGGACUGAGGCCUACAGACUUUUUGUAGCGUAUUGCUAUUAAAAAUUGCAAUUGAUGCCUUGAUUUCGGUGCCCGCUUUUAUCGGGUGUGGACCGAUGAAGCACUUUAACUCGUGAUUAAACCCGAAACCGUCGGAAACCUUAGCUAGUUAGCUUAGUUGGUGCCACUGCUGCCAGCGAGGAAGUGAGGAAGGGGGGAAAAAAUGACAUCUCGGAGGUGGUUUCAUCCCAACAUUACAGGUGUGGAAGCUGAAAACCUCCUGCUGACUCGUGGAGUGGAUGGGAGCUUUUUAGCCAGACCCAGUAAAAGCAACCCCGGUGAUUUCACCCUCUCAGUACGGAGAAAUGGAGCCGUUACCCAUAUUAAGAUACAAAACACAGGAGACUACUAUGAUCUAUAUGGCGGGGAGAAGUUUGCUACUUUGGCAGAGCUGGUGCAGUAUUACAUGGAGCACCACGGCCAACUGAAAGAGAAAAAUGGAGAUGUUAUUGAGCUGAAAUAUCCACUCAACUGUGCGGACCCCACCUCUGAGAGAUGGUUCCAUGGACACUUGUCGGGCAGGGAAGCUGAGAAGUUGCUGACUGAAAAAGGGAAGAAUGGCAGCUUCCUGGUGAGAGAAAGCCAGAGCCAUCCUGGGGACUUUGUCCUGUCUGUCCGCACUGGAGAUGACAAGACGGACAGCAGUGACAGCAAACCAAAAGUCACUCAUGUUAUGAUCCGCUGCCAGCAUGACCUUAAGUAUGACGUGGGAGGAGGAGAGAAGUUUGAUUCUCUGACAGAUUUGGUAGAACACUACAAAAAAAAUCCAAUGGUGGAAACUUUAGGCACUGUUCUCCAGCUCAAACAGCCCCUGAAUACCACUCGUAUUAACGCUGCAGAAAUUGAAAGUCGUGUUAGGGAACUCAGCAAAUUGGCAGAAGCCACAGAUAAGGUCAAACAGGGUUUCUGGGAAGAAUUUGAGACUUUACAGCAGCAAGAGUGUAAGCUGCUUUACAGUCGUAAAGAGGGCCAGAGAGCAGAGAACAAAAACAAGAACAGAUACAAGAACAUUCUUCCUUUUGAUCACACACGUGUGGUGCUAAAUGAUGGGGACCUAAACGAGCCAGGCUCCGACUACAUCAAUGCCAAUAUCAUCAUGGUUAGUCGGCACCAUGUGCCGGAGUUGGAGUCGAAAUGUAACAGUACGAAAGUCAAGAAGUGCUACAUUGCCACUCAGGGCUGUUUGCAGACCACCAUUAGUGACUUCUGGAGGAUGGUGUUUCAGGAAAACUCCAGAGUUAUUGUAAUGACCACAAAAGAAGUGGAAAGGGGAAAGAGUAAGUGUGUGAAGUACUGGCCAGACAUGUCUGCUCUGAAGGAGUAUGGUGCCAUGCGUGUUCGCAAUGUCAGAGAGACGGCAGCACAUGACUACACCUUAAGAGAACUCAAAUUAUCUAAGGUUGGACAGGGCAACACAGAGCGGACAGUUUGGCAGUACCACUUCCGAGCCUGGCCGGACCACGGAGUUCCCACUGACCCAGGAGGUGUGCUAGACUUUUUAGAGGAGGUUAAUCUGAAACAGGAGAGCAUACUGGAUGCUGGACCUAUAGCGGUACAUUGCAGUGCAGGGAUUGGGCGGACUGGAACAUUCAUAGUGAUUGACAUUCUCAUAGAUGUCAUCAGAGAAAAAGGUGUGGACUGUGACAUUGACGUGCCAAAGACCAUCCAGAUGGUUCGUUCUCAGCGCUCUGGGAUGGUGCAGACUGAGGCUCAAUACAGAUUCAUUUAUAUGGCUGUACAACACUACAUAGAAACACUGCAGAGACGCAUAGAAGAGGAACAGAAAAGUAAAAUUAAAGGGCGUGAAUACACCAAUAUUAAGUACUCAUUGUCUGACCUGUCUGGAGGAGAGCAGAGCCCUUUGCCUCCUUGCACUCCCAUUCCUACUCCUACCUGCACAGAGAUGAGAGACGACAGCUCCAGAGUUUAUGAGAAUGUGGGCCUGAUGCAGCAGCAGAAGAGCUACAGAUGAGAUUAACCUUUGAACUCAGUGUUCUAUCAGUUCCAGGAUCCUGAUAGUUUUUGUUUGUUUGUUUUUGCCAGCCACACCUUGACGCCUGAGACUUGACUGUAAUAGACAGAAAAAUCCAAAACGGAAUGUGUGAGAGAGAUCAGAUACCAGGGUCGUUCUCUGCUCGCUCAGCCUAUGUGAACGUUUGCCCUCUUAGUCAUACUUUAAACCACUGUGAUCAUGAGAAGAGCCUUUCACAAGCUAAUAUGCUAAAUUCCCCUCAGAACCAAGGUUUGACUAUAGCAUUUUUUGAACUCAUACAUAAAAGGGCUGCAAACGGCACUCUGCUCCCAGAGAGAUUCUCACAAAUCUUUGCUCAUCUCUCAUUUUCAGUCUUUUUUUUAACCAAAGGAAAAUGAUAUUGAUGGUUUUUAGGUGGAAAAUAGGAGUUUCUUGAGAGCUUCCUAGAGUUUGUGAGCAUCUUAGAGUUCUUACCACAUUUCACAAUCUGUGUAAAGUUUAUUUGAACCAUUAAGCCUUUAAAACAGCAGCAAGAAAGUGGGUCAAAAUUUCCAGUGAUUAAUUACUUUUCUUUUUUUGUGUUUAUGUAUAUAUAUAUAUAUAUAUAUAUAUAUAUAUAUAUAUAUAUGUAGUGUAAUGUUUGUGAAUGAAGACAUAUUGGCAUCAUGGUGUAUAAGGGUUGGAGGGAAGGUUUUGAGCCUAACUGGUGGUUCCUGUUCAGACACUGGUCCAAGACUUUAAGUUGAAGGAUUUGAGAAAAUGAACUGAACGGAAUGUAUUGCUGUCAAGUCUCUGACCACAACGCUCAGGCAAAUUGACACUUAAUUGGUUGAUAUAUUUAGUCAGUCACGGUGAAAAGGCAGGCAGUGGAUUUCCCAAGAGGAGGGGGGGUCUUGAAGAUGCCCCAAGUUCUGGAUGGCUUUCAGCUGCUCAGAAAAUAUUGAUCGAUGGUUGACUGUUUGCUACAGUGCUCUUGGCAUUUUCUUUUCAUCCUCUCCAAAACUCAAGGUUAUUUUGACUUAUUCUGACUAUUUUUUUUUUUUUUUUAAGGGGAUUGUGUAUGUGGACUUUCAGGAAGUCAGACCGUAAUGGAGGAACACUUUGUAGGCUAGUUGCAGCACUGCUAACAGGAGUGUGUGGACCACCAAAAGAAAAAUAGGGCAAAGAAACUCAUUCUGGGAGGGCGUCACAGAUAGGCUCAAAUCAUUUCACCCAAUACUUACUGUUGAUUCCUGACCCUCUGACGUCCAUACGGGUGUUUUGGUGUGGGAAUUCUUUUUGCGCUUUGAUUUCAGGUACACAGUGUUUGUGAGACUUUUGUGGACCAUUCCUGAGCUCGAGCUGAAUGUCCUUAAUGCUGCAC